GAUGUCAUCACUCAUCGCCAGUAUCGGCUGCGUAUAGUAUAGAAUAUACCACAUUGCUUGGUUUGGAGUGGGGGGAGCAGCAGGAGUCAUUAUUUACACCGGCUGCUCUGCAGUCCCCACCGCUCACAUAUCUGUCAUACAGAAACUGAGCCAAGGAAGAGCCUGAAAAUGGACGAGGUGGAGGCAUGGGUUAAAGAUCGCCUGCAUGACGUUCUGGGAAUGAGCGAUCGGCACGUGGCUCAGUUCCUGGUUGGCACUGCCCGGCGAAGUUCAAGUGCCGCUGACCUCCUAAGCCGUCUGAGCGACACUGGAGCCAUUGAUGUGACUGACAAAGUCCGUAGCUUUGCAGAUGAACUCUGGCUAAAGCUACCCAAAAAAACUCCGGUUGAACGCCCAGCCCGAGCCGUGGAGCGGGAGGCCCUAGCAAUACAGCAGAAGAACAAGUCUUAUGCUCUGCUGGAAGAUAGUGAUGAAGAGGAGGAAAUGGAAAAGAGUAAAGAUGAUAAGAAGAGGAAGAAGAAACACCUAAGGAAGAGGAAAAAAGAGGAGUCAUCGGACAGCGAGAGUGACCGAGCCCAGAAAGAAAAGGCGCCAUCACCGCAGGUUAUCUCGGAUGAUGAAGAAGAGCGAGAAGAGAUGGCACGGCUAAAGGAUCUGGAGGAAAGAGACGCAUUUGCAGAAAGAGUAAAGAAAAGAGAUAAGGAGAAAACCAGAAACAUAGUGGAAAGGUCAGAUAAGAAGGCAUAUGAAGAGGCACAGAAGAGACUCAGAUUGGCCGAAGAGGAUCGUAAAAAAAUGAUACCAGAGUUGCGGAAAAAGUCACGCAGAGACUACCUUGGGAAGAGGGAGAAAGAGAAGCUUGAAGACCUGGAGGUGGAGAUAGCGGAGGAGGAGUAUUUCUUUGCCGAGACCAAGCUGACUGCAGCGGAGAGGAAGGAUUUAGAAUACAAGCGCAAAGUCAGAGAUCUGGCAAAGGAGUACAAGAAAGCUGGAGAGAAGGAACGGAUGGAGAAACACGACCGUUACUUUAUGCCAGAGGAGAUAAGGAGUAAGGAAAUCCCAGACCGGUAUAUGGAACCAGUGACUGAAGAGCGUUUUGCUCCCCGAGAGGACCAGAGGCGUUGGGAAGAGGAUCACAUUGGCGCAGCGUCUCUGAAAUUUGGAGCCAAAGAUGCCCGAGCUCAUGGUCAGAAAGAAUAUGAGUAUGUGAUGGAAGAAGACGAAGUUAUACAGUUUGUCAGCUCAACGCAAAUGAAGGGGACCAUAGAGAAGGAAGAUGAGACCGUAAGGGCAUUGUCUGAGCUGGAAAGCAAGAAAUUGUCCAUGCAGGAAGUGAGGCGCAGUCUCCCCGUCUUCCCGUAUCGCUCUGAUCUUCUCAAAGCCAUUGGCGAGCACCAAAUUCUCAUCAUCGAAGGGGAGACUGGAUCUGGCAAGACCACCCAGAUCCCACAGUACCUGCACGAGGAAGGUUAUACCCGAAAUGGGAUGAAGAUUGGAUGCACUCAGCCUCGCAGAGUGGCCGCAAUGAGUGUAGCAGCUCGAGUCUCUCAGGAGAUGUCCGUUAAGCUGGGCAAUGAGGUGGGGUACAGCAUCAGGUUUGAGGACUGCACGUCUGAGCGCACCGUACUGAAGUACAUGACGGACGGGAUGUUGCUGCGUGAAUUCCUCACUGAGCCAGACUUGGCCGGAUACAGCGUAGUUAUUAUAGAUGAGGCUCACGAGCGGACUCUACAUACGGACGUGUUAUUUGGCCUCAUUAAGGACAUCGCCCGUUUCCGGCCAGACCUCAAGGUCCUGGUCUCCAGCGCCACCCUCAACACUGAACGGUUUUCCUCUUUCUUUGACGAUGCCCCUAUUUUCCGAAUCCCUGGGCGCCGGUAUCCUGUGGACAUCUACUACACCAAGGCGCCAGAGGCUGAUUACCUGGAGGCUUGUGUGGUGUCCGUCCUGCAGAUCCACGUCACGCAGCCCACUGGGGAUAUCUUAGUCUUUUUGACUGGACAGGAGGAGAUAGAGGCGUGCAGUGAGAUGUUACAGGAACGCUGCCGCCGGCUGGGCUCCAAGAUUGCAGAGAUGCUGGUUCUACCGAUAUACGCCAACUUGCCGUCUGACAUGCAGGCUAAGAUAUUUGAACCCACCCCUCCGGGUGCAAGAAAGGUCGUGGUAGCCACCAACAUCGCAGAGACAUCACUGACCAUAGAUGGGAUCAUUUACGUGAUUGACCCUGGAUUCUGCAAACAAAAGAGUUACAAUGCUCGUACCGGGAUGGAGUCUCUUAUUGUCACUCCCUGCUCAAAGGCAUCGGCCAAUCAGAGAGCAGGCAGAGCUGGCCGUGUUGCUGCUGGGAAAUGUUUCAGGCUAUACACAGCCUGGGCAUAUAAGAAUGAGAUGGAAGAUACCACUGUGCCGGAAAUCCAGAGGACCAACCUGGGGAACGUAGUGCUGCUCCUGAAGAGCUUGGGUAUUAAUGAUCUCAUCCAUUUUGACUUCAUGGACCCCCCACCUCACGAGACUCUAGUUCUGGCUUUGGAGCAGCUAUAUGCUCUGGGGGCCCUUAACCAUCUUGGGGAACUUACCAAGCUAGGAAGAAGAAUGGCUGAGCUCCCAGUGGACCCUAUGUUAUCCAAGAUGAUCCUGGCUUCUGAGAAGUAUGGCUGCUCGGAGCAGAUCCUCACCAUCGCCGCCAUGUUGUCUGUAAAUAAUGCCAUCUUCUAUCGACCAAAAGACAAGCUGGUUCAUGCGGAUACAGCCCGUGCCAACUUCACUGUGCCAGGAGGUGACCAUAUGGUGCUUCUUAAUGUAUAUACACAAUGGGUGGAAACGGGUCACUCUCUCCAGUGGUGCUACGAGAACUUCAUUCAGGCCCGCUCCCUCCGCCGCGCCCGUGAUGUCCGCGAGCAGCUUGAAGGUCUCAUGGAACGGAUAGAAAUUGAGUUGACAACGUGUGAAGGGGACAGUGUGCCACUGCGCAAGGCGAUCACAGCUGGGUAUUUCUACCACACAGCCAAGCUCAGCCGCAGCGGGUACAAGACCGUGAAGCAACAGCAGCUGGUAUACAUCCAUCCAAACAGCAGCCUGCACGAGGAGCAGCCCCGCUGGGUUAUAUACCAUGAGCUCGUCUUCACCACCAAGGAGUAUAUGAGACAGAUCAUAGAGAUUGACAGCUCAUGGCUCCUAGAGGUGGCUCCACAUUACUACAAGUCCCGAGAGUUGGAGGACCCGAACAGUAGAAAAAUGCCCAAACAACUGGGAAAGAGUAAAGAUGAGCUGGGCUAAACAAGACUCAUGAUUCAACCACUGGACUCAGGGAGAAGUGCUGGAGAACACAGAGGAACGUCAUCAUGCUGCAGCCUGUCUAUUUAUUCUAUAACACACAUCUGUACAGCUUUUGUAUAUAAAAUUACCAGGAACCUA